AUGUUCCCGUCAUCGAUUCGUGCGUCUAGCCUCGCCAUUCGAACCCCUAUUUUGAGAGGAUUUUAUAAAGCCCGCUUGAGCACCUCCGGAUACCGCUUGUCCGAAAAGAAGGGCGAAGAAAUCGAGACAGCUAAGGAAACCCCGAAGCCCCAAUAUGCGACGGCCGCCAGCUUCCAGCGCCACCAGACGCAACGGCGACAAGAAGCUGCUGAAGUUGGCGGUGGCCAGCGUCCAACGGCAAUGCAACGGCGCUUCCUCGUACUCACCCGGCUCUACCCUAGCGUCGAAUCCAUUCCGGAGCUCGUUCAGCAUGGAACGAUGGACCGGAUGCACGACCGGAUGAGGGUGGUCUUCAUCGUCGUCGGCAUCACCGGAUUCUUCUUCUUCUUCUUGGCCGCUGAGCAAUGGAACUCGCGCCGUAUCAACCGUGACCGCGACGCCGGCAAGGUCGUGACAAAGAUGCCGACGUGGCGGUGCGUAUGCGACGUUGGCUUCGCGAAAUUGUCGCUGAAUGGCGGAGACGAGUGCAUCCGGGCCGACUCGUGCCCGCCGAAGCUUGGCAAGCGCGACGUGAAGCCGCCACCCAGUCAGGGCUGCUCGGCCAACUCCACUUGGCAACAGACUGACAUCUGCGACUGGUGCGCAGUGGUGAAUGAUCAUGAUCCGGACGUGCUCACGAUCUGCACUACCGAUCUGCGAUGGGAUUGCCUAUGCGAUGUGGGAUUUGCAAAGAUGUUCCGUGGGGCGAACGUCUGCAUCCCGGCCGAUAUGUGCCCGCCUCCC